AUGGCCAGUCCUGUGGAGGCAUCUCCAGGCUGUGACAGUGGGUUGGGUCCCCAUCGGAGAAAGAGGACCACCUUCAGUGUUGGGCAGUUGCUGGAGCUGGAACGAGUAUUUGCAGCUAGGCCCUAUCCUGACAUCAGCACUCGUGAGCACCUGGCCCAGGUAACUCACCUGCCUGAAGCCAAGAUCCAGGUGUGGUUCCAGAACCGCCGAGCCAAGAGACUCAAGAGCAGAAAGCCAGGAGCCCUACACCCUAGGCUGGAGCUUCCUCCUAACUCCUGUUGUCUUCCAGACACCCCCCAGCAGCCCUGGGACCCUGGAACACCAGGCCAGCUUCUACACCCCACCAGCUCAGCUCAGCAUGCUUCAGCAUGCCCACAGACCUCCUGUGUAGCUCCCAGCUUGGGUCCAGGGCAGAGCUGGGCAGGGGCUAAAGCUGCAGCCUCAUGGGGGCCAAGUGGGGCUUCAGGGGUUCACCCUUCUUUAGAGCAAAUUGUUCCUCCGACUUCACUGGGCAGCCUGUCUGACCUUAUCUAUACCUCAGCCAUCGUCACCAAUGUAGAUCACUCCUAA